CUCCGCAAUCGAUCUGCCACGCCUUUGCAGACGGACGCGGAAGAAUCAUCAUAUAAGCUUGGUGAGACCAAGAAUCAUCAUAUACAGGAUAACACACUCGUUUCUUGGUUCAUGGCAACUAGCGAUGGCGGUGCCGUUGAGAGGUGGAUGAUGUACACGAAGGUCCCGUUGCCCCCGAUUGUUAAGAAGUUCACCGGGUGCUUGAUAGAGGAUGAAGGUUGUAAUGUAAGUGUGCACCUUGUGGCGCUCAUCAAUGGCUUUGUGUACCUGUCUAUUUUCUACUACAGGGACACAAGAUAUGCCCAUCCCUACGUCAUGGCAUGGCCUCCCUGUUUGGUACAGAGCAAGGAGGAAUCAGAAACUGAAUUCAUCAGAGGCAGCGUUGCAGAUGAUCGUCCUGUGUGCGCAGAAGAAGCCUCCACUGUUCUUGUCACUGCAUUGAAGUCAUUCAGACAAGCUCUGAUGAAUUAUAGUGACAGUAACAAGGAAAUCGUGUCAGAGUUAGAGGCCUUCUUUGGUCCUACAAAGAUAAUGAGAGCUCUCUUAUUAGAAAAAUGGCUAUUUUGGAUGCACAACUGAGGACUGCAAGGGACCAUAUGUUGAGGAUAAGGGCAUGACUCUGAGAUCUUCUUUGCCAAGUACAGAAAGGGAAAGCUGGUAGUGAUGACAAAAGUGUCAAGGGGAAACAGGUUGUAGCCACCGUAUUCGCCAGUUGGACUAGCCUAUUGCAAGUGAUCAUGGUGUAUGUUUCUGUUGUGUGUUUGUUCAGAUGGUACGGGCUGUUGUUGAGAAUGUUUGAUACUUUUCGGAUGGUGUGAAGAGCGUAUGUCGAUAUGUGUAUGUUAGUUUUAUAUAACCAAGUCUGAAGAUGAAUAUAACUGUGAGACUACUACUUAAGCCAUGGUGAGCCUUUUAUUCUUGCAGAGGGUGCUAUCUAUCUUGCCACUUUAUUGUCCAGUUAUAAGUGAUCAGGGUGACAUGGUGCAUGUGUGUUUGUAGUGGUAAUUCAAGUUUUGUUUAAAUGGUUUGGUACUUCAGUUUUUUCGAUGGUGUGAACUGUGAAGUCUGUAUCCUAGUUUUACAUAACAGGUCUGAAGGUGAAUAUAAGUAUAUAACCAUCAGUCCGUCUGUACU